UCUCUGACGGAGGACGACAACAUGGCGGCUUCCUUGCGUCUGGGUCGUCAAGGGAUUUUAUUUGGCCUUAGAUUAUCCCACUAUAAUAAAUGUCUCUGGGCGACACAUCCAUGGCAGGAGCAUGUCAGACACUUCUUUCGGUCACCCUGGAUCCUCGGUGUCAGCCCACUCAAAGUGCAGAUGCCAGCUCUGUCCCCCACCAUGGAGGAGGGAAACAUAGUCAAAUGGCUGAAGAAGGAAGGUGAGGCGGUGGCAGCCGGCGAUGCCCUUUGUGAGAUUGAGACUGACAAGGCUGUUGUUACCAUGGAGUCUAAUGAUGAUGGCAUCAUGGCAAAGAUACUGAUGGAGGAGGGAAGUCGCAACGUGCGCCUGGGCACUCUCAUUGCCCUCAUGGUGGAGGAAGGGCAGGACUGGAAGCAGGUUGAGAUCCCCCCUCCAGAUGCUGCAGCUCCAUCUGCGGCUCCACCUGCUACAGAAGCAGCCGCUGCCCCAGUUGUGCCCCCUCCUGCGCCUGCUCCUUCUCCAGCUCCUCCCCCAAAACCAGCCACGUCAGGACCGUUACGUCUGAGUCCAGCAGCAAGACACAUCCUGGACACCCAUGGUGUAGACCCCAAAUUGGCCACACCCACUGGACCAAGAGGACUUAUCACCAAGGAAGAUGCACUGAAUCUCCUGAAGAAGUCUCCUGCCCCCAAAGCAACCCCAGCCAUGGCUGCCCCACCUGCCCCAAGUCCUGUCCCCACUCCAGCAGCUAUACCUCCGCCUCCAGGCAGCAGACCCAACAUACCUCCUCUCUCUGUACCAGGGAAACCAGGAGCACCGGGCACUUUCACAGAGAUCCCAGCCACAAAUGUCCGCCGUGUGAUUGCUCAAAGACUAACGCAAUCGAAGACCACCAUCCCCCACGCGUACGCCUCAGUUGACUGUGACAUGGCUGCCGUCAUGAACCUCCGUAAACACUUGGCCAAAGAACAGAUCAAAGUGUCUGUUAAUGAUUUCAUUAUCAAGGCAGCUGCUGUUACACUGAAAGAGAUGCCAGAAGUGAAUGUGACCUGGUCUGGUGAUGGACCCCGUGCACUUGAUUCGAUCCACAUUUCAAUGGCCGUGGCAACUGACAAAGGCCUCAUUACCCCCAUCAUCAGGGACGCUGCAAACAAAGGAGUCCAGGAGAUCUCCGCAAAUGCUAAGGCACUGGCCCAGAAGGCUCGAGAUGGGAAACUUCUACCUGAGGAGUACCAGGGAGGCUCAUUCAGCAUUUCUAACCUAGGGAUGUUUGGUAUCAGCGGCUUCAUCGCCGUGAUCAACCCUCCUCAGUCGUGCAUCCUCGCCGUGGGGACCUCCAGGGCCGAGCUGCGACUGUGCGAGGAAGACCAGACCCUGCGCACCCAGCAGCUGAUGACAGUUACACUGUCCAGUGAUGGACGACUAGUGGAUGACGAAUUGGCUGCACGGUUUCUAGAUAAAUUCCGCGCCAACUUAGAACAACCACAACGCAUGGCCCUAGCCUGAAAAAACAAAAGUGGGAUAUCUGUACAGGAGUGAUUGGAGGGACAAAACAAGUAACGCCUGCAUGGCAAAGCCAGUCUUGUGCUUUCACACGCAGAGAGCUCUUAAAAAGUAAGUAGUACACAAGUAGGCGUGUACGUAGUUUAAACUUGUUUGUGUGGCUUGCUUCUGACAGAUAAGCACCUGGCUUUGUGAUGGAGGGGUUAAACGGGGCUUCUGUUAGAGUGGUUUCAGAUUCUGGCAGUGGUGCCAAAUAUUACCGAGACAGAAAAACGGGGUGCGUCCCACAUACUGUAGUAGGGGUGGUUGUUCUGUCACAGCAGUGUUGUAUAUAUUAUAAAGUGGUUAUUCCAGUUUAUGUUCUGGUUUUCAGUCCCAGUUCACAGACUCUGUGUCACUAUAAAUACAAAUGCAGCUUGUACUGUAAAAACAGAUAUUUAUCUCUGAACAUCGGUGGCAAUGCAGUUUCUGAUCAGGGUAAACCCACACAAACCAUUUCCUGUUGUUACAGAAAUCAAACAGAAUUCAAGAACUGAAUUAAUUCUUCUUGUCAGUACAUUUUAACUUAUUUAAAAACAAAUGUUGUGACAUCCCUGAAAACUUUAUCUUCCAAGUCCACGUGUAUACAAAUUAAAUACAAUAACCAUUUAGGGUUUUGGUUUCCUCAGAUGCCAAUAAAACACAAUGUUCAACCUUGAAA